GUUAUUUGCCCGAUGUGCUACACGGAAGUCCAUUUUCUUGCUAGCAAAGCUAAAACUGGCUUCAGUUCUCUGACAACGUGAAAGUAAUUGAAAAGACAACUAUAGGAAGAAAGUUGAAAACAAGAUCUUUUCAUUCUGGCACAGAUUGUAACAGAAAUAUUUGACUUCUUUCCAUGGAGCAGUACAACUUCUGGAUCUGAUGCACAUUUCUUUUAAUUUUCCUCCAAUCAUGGUAAUUUAUUUAGAGCUAAAUGAAGAUAUCAAAGUGUGAAGCAAACAAGUACUGCUUAAAGGGUCUGGAAGGAUAUUUUACCAUCACUGAAGGAACAGACUUUUUGAACCUGCAUGGAAAAUGUCUCUCUUGAUACAAAACGUAGCAAAGGAAAACUUAUGAUUGAAAACUUAGAGGAAUUUGGUUUCAGUUGUACUUUUAACCUUAAAUAGACUAUGGAGAAUUUAUUCUCUCUGUUCUGUUGUCAUUAUUCUUUGCUGAUUUUAUUUCAGUACAAAUACCAGGUGUAUGGAAACUAUUCCCAGCUACCCAAACACCCAGGGUUCAGAGUUCUCGCAUCAGCUUCCCAUUACUGGCCAUUGGAAGAUGUGGAUGGAAUUCAUGAGUUUCGGGAUACAAAUGGAGAUAUUGUAGAAGGAAUGGUGAACAAAGGAAUUUAUGUCACUGAAAAGAAAGGAGUUACUUUUCUCUUCUUUGGAAGCUAUCAAAAUUCUUGCAUUAGUAAACCAGAAGUCUGUGGACCUGAAGGAGUAACAUUUUCAUUUUUCUGGAAGACUCAAGACCAACAGGCUAAAUUUGUCCCUGCCUCUGGUGGACAAGUUAUUUCCAGUGGUUUCAAAAUCUGUUCAAAUGAAGGUGAAGGCUCAGUGGAAUUCUAUGCCCGUGGGAAUGCAAUGAUGAAGUGGAAAGCAAGCUUUAGUCCUCCAGGUCCUUAUUGGACUCAUAUUCUCUUUACUUGGAAAUCAAGAGAAGGACUGAAAGUCUAUGUCAAUGGAACUCUAAACACGACUGAUCCAGAUGGGAAAGUUUUCUAUGAUUAUGGGGAUCCCAGUGCAAAUCUCCUGACUGGGACAGAAGGGGAUCAAACUAAACGCUAUGUGAAUGGGGCAUUUGAUGAAUUCAUUAUAUGGGAAAGAGCACUCACCCCAAAUGAAGUUGAGCAGUACUUCACAGCUGCUAUUGGUGAGCAGGUUUUGCUUUCUUCAACGCUUCCAUGGUCUGUGGUGACAACUACUACAAAACCUCUGCUUUCUACAAAUGCCUAUUUCCCCGUCAUAACUAAUCUGGCCGAGGAGACAGGGAACUUCCAAUCCCCUGACACCAUGCUGGGCUACCUACAGAAUGUGUCCUCCAGCUUGCCCAACAAAUCCUUGUCAGAAAAUACUGCUUUAAGCCUGGCAGAGGCAUUUUUUAAAGCUAUUGAAGACUUUCUGUUAUUUCCCAACUGGAUAGAUGGACCAGAGAGCCUUCAUGUAUUUGGAAGUUUAAUUCAAACUAUUGACAGUUUGAUGGCUCAUAUGACACACAAUCUGGAUAGAGACUUGUUACCGUUAACUGUUGAGGGCACGUCAUCUGUGGCAGAUUACACCUUGAUUAAAAUGUAUCCUCAGACUCUGAAUUUGUCCCACUAUCGAUUUCCAUCACAAGGACAGAGUUAUAUUUCCAUUCCCAGUGAAGCUUUUCGUGAAAAAGCUUGGAUUACUAUUGUCGGCCUGCUUUACCAUAACUUGCAUUAUUUCUUUCAUAAUAUCAACCCUAUGGAUACCAAGAUUGCUGAAGCUGCUGCCUACAAAGGUUAUAUGAUCUCAGCAACCAGUUAUCUUAUCUCUGUCAAAGUGGACCCUCUACCCAAGUUGUCACAUAAUCUGUCAGGAUCUCCUCUUAUUACCAUCCAGCUCACCCACAAAUUGACUCCCAGACAAUACAGCCAAGCACUGAAUAGGAGUAACAGAGUUCACCUGUACUGUGCAUUUCUGGACUAUAGCAAUGGAACUGGUGUUUGGUCUAAUGAAGGUUGUGUGCGUGAGAGUGGGGACCUCAACUACUCAGUGUGUCUUUGUAACCACCUCACUAACUUCGCCAUUCUGAUGCAAGUGGUACCUCUGAAGCUAACAAGAGAACACCAGAUGGCCCUCUCCUCCAUCACUUACAUUGGCUGUGCUCUGUCCAUCUUCUGCCUGACUAUCACUCUGGUCACAUUUGCUGUAUUGUCGUCUGUUAGCACCAUUCGCAACCAGCGCUACCAUAUCCACGCCAAUCUGUCCUUUGCUGUCUUGGUGGCUCAGAUCCUGCUUCUCACCAGCUUUCAGUUCAACCCUGGAACGGUGCCUUGCAAGAUCUUGGCCAUUCUCCUUCAUUUUUUCUUCCUGAGUGCUUUUGCAUGGAUGCUGGUGGAAGGAUUUCAUCUUUACAGUAUGGUGAUCAAAGUAUUUGGGUCAGAAGAAAGCAAGCACUUAUAUUAUUAUGGAAUUGGAUGGGGCUGCCCACUGGUGAUUUGUGUAAUUUCUAUAAUGUCAUCCCUAGGCAGCUAUGGAGAAAGUGGAAACUGCUGGCUUUCACUAGAGGAUGGAGCAAUCUGGGCUUUUGUGGCACCAGCAUUAUUUGUAAUUCUGGUCAAUAUUGGUAUUCUUAUUGCUGUCACAAGAGUUAUCUCAAGAAUCAGUGCAGACAACUAUAAGGUCCACGGAGAUGCCAACGCCUUCAAACUAACAGCUAAAGCUGUUGCUGUUCUCUUACCAAUCUUGGGAAGCUCAUGGAUCUUUGGGAUUUUGGCUGUCAAUGCCCAUGCAUUAGUAUUUCAGUAUAUAUUUGCUGUUUUCAAUUCACUACAAGGACUUUUCAUGUUCCUAUUUCACUGUCUUCUGAAUUCAGAGGUUAGAGCAGCCUUUAAGCACAAAACCAAGGUCUGGUCCCUUACCAGUAGUUCGACUCGCAACAUCAAUGUGAAACCCUUCAAUUCAGACAUUAUGACUGGGAACAGGCCAGGCACAACCCCCACAAAGCUGAAUACCUGGGAUAAAAGCACCAAUUCAGCCAACCGCAUUGAUUUAUCAUCAGUCUGACGCUAAUACAGCUUCUCGGUGAAAAUCAAGCCAUACAUUCAGGACCUCUGAUGCAGUGUCCACCAGGUUUUUUUUCUCACUGUUAGGAUCAGUAGAAAAUUGCUUUUUUAAUCACUACCUAAUAGAUUGGAAAUUGCCAUAUUGUUUUGUUGAGUAAAUAGCCUUCAUCUGCUUGCCUUUGAAACUGUAACACAUUUUACCACUUGGCUAUUAGCAAUAUCUGUAAAAAUUACCAGCACAAAUAUACACUGGAUGAUUUUGUUAGCAACGAUGAAAACACUUGGUAUGCAGAAAAGAGCUUACUGCUAUCUGAAUCAUUCCAGCUCCCAGAAUGGAGGAAAAGCAACAUACCUCUGGAAAGAUGGAUUUUUAUGCUCUCAAAUGAAAUGCUUCCCAUUGUGGUGUUGUAAUGGGGCUAUUCUGGUCUUGCUGUGCACUCUCUGUUUACAGUUAUUACCGUACAGAAUCCAAUUAUCGAAGUGAAGGUUAUGCAAAAUCCAUAGUGUGGUGAUUAAUUUAAAUGCUACAAGGAAGCCAGGACUUGAGGGAGAAGCAGGUUCCAGCUACUGAUUUCCCAGCAUGGGUGUGGAAUUAGCAAAACUAAUAUACAUGUAUGUCUGUACGCACAGAAACAGCAGAUGUAACACGGAAAUCUACUCUACGUGGCCUCUUAGUAUUGUACAUAUUCCUGUUUACAUCCUAUCUCUAAAAGGCAGAAAUAGCUAAAGUUGUCCUGUAGCAGUCCACAGCAUUUUUGUCACUGAUUUCUUUCUGCUGACAUAUCACAAUACAAAGUUUUUUUGUGUUGCUUUGCCUGAAGCUUUUGGAUGCAAUCAACAACUGUCCAUCAACUGCAUUUCGCAAACACACUGUAGCUUUUGGAAAUCAAAAUCUGGCACUGUGACUUAUCUUUCUCCUUUUACUGGUCAAGGUAAGACACUGAAUUACAACCACAAAAAUAUAACACAAUGAUAUACUGUUAAGAAGACAGUCAGACUACAAAUAAGUCUAUGUAUUGUUACCUACAGACAUCUUUUAAAUAGGUCUCUGCAGAAUCUUUUGUGGUUUUAAACUCUGCUCAGCACUUAAUAGCUUCUGCUUUAGAACUACUAUGAAGUAUCUUAAAGGAGUAAAAAUACACUGCAAUUUUUCUUUUGACCAGUGUUUUGUAGGUUCUCAGAAGUGAUCUCUGGAGCACAAGAGGUGCAAUCUUGGCUACGCCAACGAUGCACCUUUGCAGCUGGGGGUAAAGCAGACUAUAAGCCCCAGAGGUGGUCAAGCCUUAAGUACAUGUCUUUCUCUAGGAUUUACUCAGCAGGCAGGGUCUCUAGAGCAAUUUUAAAGACAAGGUCUCCUUCACAAUGUGGCUUUGCAGAUAAGUCUCCUUAUCCCCAGCUCUUCCUUGUUUGCAGUAGCUGUCUCCCUAACAGACUGAGUAUACAGGUUUGCAGUAAUCACCAAGGCAAUUAGCUCUCCUACUACUCUGGGCUAUCAAAAUACUGUUGAAGGAAGGAAAUAUGCAAAUAUUCACUCUUUUUUUUUUUUGCAAUGAGUUUUUUGUUUACUUGUAUUUUAAUAAUUAAAGGUUUGUAUCUUCAGCAGCUCACACUAUUUCUGAUUUCAACAUAUCUAGCAAGAUGUCUGCUAUUGAUUUCCAAGAGAAAAGGAAUUUGCACCCUAAUGUGCAGGAUGAAAACUAGUUUUAGGAUAAGAAAUUGGUGAAAAAAUAAAAGUAAAUUAUUUUUUAGGGAACUAUAAAUCAUCAUCAGUGCUGAAUUUAGUAUUUAAUCUAUGGAGUUGAAAGUUUAGAAAAGAUGAAUGCAAUUAAUUUUAAAUUGAUCUAAAAUAAAUUUUCUCCAUGUUUCCUUUCUGCACUAACAAAUUAUCUGUUUCAGUUUGGACCAGUCUUUUCUACCUUCUCUCCUUCCUGGCAAAGGCUUGUUGGUAUGGUCACCAAACUGAAAUCCUAUAGUCCAACAAAUUUGUCUGUAGCUACAAAUUCAAACAUUCUACAGCAAUUAUCCUAAUUUUACCAGAUCUAUGCUGGAUUUUUGCAGCUGCAACAGAGCAGAAUGGGACAUACUGCAUAUCACACUUAGACAUACAGGAAAUAUAUAGGCUUCUAAUCUCAUAUUCCCUAUUUCUAAGUAACUCACAAUGAUAAUAGCUAACUCUAAAAGGCAGGUCAGUAAAAGCUAAAUAGCUAAAUAGUUAUGUCUUUAGUUUGGCUUUUGUCUAUCACUUUUUUCUAGCCUUUUCUAUAUUGGUCCUGUCUUACAGCUGUGCAAAUACAUGGAUUUUUCUUGGCCUGAGAAUCUUUACUUCUUUUUCCCCCAAAAGACACAGUAGAAGGAGCCCUCGGAAUGUAUGGAGAAGACUGUAACAGAAUAGUACUGUGAUAACAGAGUUCAGUGUCUGUAUUGUGUGUAGACAACAUAUUUAAGCAUAUUUUUUUUAUACUGGAGCAUGUGGUUUUUUUGUUGUGAUUAUUUUUUUUUGUAAACUGUGACCAUGGAUAUAGAUUGAGACCCUCCCUUGAUCAUUUAUCUUCUAAUCAUUGUGUUAUAGCAAAAACAGUCAUGUGAAUGAACCAGAGGACACAUAAACGUUUUUUAACCUUAAUUUUUAAGAGCUGUCCCCUCUGCACACUUUCCAUUGCCUGUAUUUCUUCUUCUGCUGAUAUAUAUUGGUCAUCUACAUUACUAUUCAAGGUCCAUUUGAAAAAAACAUGUGGCAUACAAAUGACAGUAUAAAACGACAGUAGGAUAAAGGGCUAAAUCUGUUUUUUAUCCAGGUAUACCAUUUUCAAAUUGUUGAGCAAAAAUAAGAAGUGUAUGACAAUGUUUUGGGUGUAUACUUUAGAAUGUGACUUAGAUGUAUUACAUGUUGAGGUAGCAUUUGUUAGCCUGUAUCUACUGAGAUCCACUGCAGAUAACCUGCAUCCCAUGCUUUAACUUUUGAACGUUGCUAGUGGUGAAGCAGUUUAUCUUCUUGUUUAUGUCACGAGGUUAGGAGCUAGAAAACUGUAUUUAUAAUGUUGGGUUGGGGAUGGAGUUUCUUCUGUUUUUUGAUAAACCCACAAAGUACAAAUGUGUUCCACUGCCAUCUAGGUCCAUUCUUUUUUUUUUGAUUCAAUGUAUUUUUGUUGUUAAUGUAGAAAAUGUACUGAAUAAGAAAUGCUCAAAUGAAUCUUUAAACAAUCUCUUCCUGUCCUCAGUCUUUGAAGCCUGAAAAUCUUGCAGUUUAUUUAUGGGCUUGUGUAUAGCAGCUAUUGCAAUAUUUUUAUUCAGGACAGCCUCAUUUUGUCAAUGGUAUGAAAUCUUAAUUGAAUGAGAUGUGAGUUUUUAAGUAGGUAAUGUAGCAAGAACGACUUUGCCAGUAAGUAGUAAAAUAAUUUAGUUUUGUUGUAUU